UGUACAACUCCCACAGUAGAACAUUUCUCCCUUUUUUAUUGUUCACCAAUAUUACUCAUCCAUGUCACUCUUAUUUUUGACGUUUUGACAGAUAUGUAUCAUUUUUAGGGUAUAUUAUUGUCAAGAAGGAUAUAGUUAUGCUGAUAACCCAAUCAGCUGAUUGAAACUGGGAAAGGAUAUCGGAGGUGCCGUCUGGUUUUGACAGAUCAUCUCCAGCUUCAUUGGUGUGACCUCACUUGGCCGGGACCAUUUGUCCAACUGUAUGUGCAUGAACUUUUGCAGUUUAUGUACACACCUAGGCUUUGUGUGUGACCUUACCACACGUUUCUUCCAAUUGAUUAAAUGCAAAAGCGUCUAACUGGCUUUCCAACCAACAGUUGUGUGUACUGCUAUGGCGCAAGAGCCAGUUGUUGUGAAUGUGUAUGAUAUGUACUGGAUCAAUGAGUACACAUCAUCACUAGGCAUCGGCGUCUUCCAUUCAGGCAUAGAGGUAUAUGGGACAGAAUAUGCAUAUGGAGGACAUCCGUUUCCAUUUUCUGGUGUGUUUGAAAUCGCUCCAAAGGAUGCUGAUGACCUGGGGGAACAGUUCAAGUUCAAGGAAUCCAUUGUUUUAGGAUAUACUGACUUCACAGCUGAUGAAAUCAGGAAGUUAGUAGAACAGCUGGGGAAGGAGUUCCGUGGGGACCAGUAUCACUUACUCAAUAAAAACUGCAAUCAUUUUACUCAGUCUCUUACACAGAUCAUUUGUGGAAAGGAACUGCCCAGUUGGGUCAACAGGCUAGCAUAUAUGAGCUCUUGUAUUCCCUUCAUCGAGAAAGCAAUACCAAAGGAGUGGCUAACGCCAGCAGCUCUCCAGGCUGUCAUACCCGAACCCACUGAAGAGGAACAAAGGAAUGCCUCCCAACAAUCCUCAGCCAUGCGGAGGUGAUACGCAAAUGGGCAGCUUCUCACUGGUCAUGUCUGAUAUUACCAGAAUGGUCUGAAACUGCAUUUGCCUUCUGUGCCUUAUUUACAAGUCGGAGCAUGUAGAUACUUUACAUGGCCUUUCAAGGCCACGAUCAAGUAUUAUCAUCAGGGAUCAAUGCAAGAAAAAAUAUACUUCAGGUACUGUCAUGGUGCUUGUGCAUGCACAUGCAUUAAAGCAAAGGUGAAAAGAAUCUGGGUAGGUUGAAAUGUGGGUUGUGGACAGCAUGCUGAAAGCAGUCUUAAUACUGUGACUGUUGCUGAUGAAUGGUAUUAUUGUACAGUGAUGGUCACAUACUUGUAUUGGGGUUGUUUUUUGCAAGUGCGUUCACAACGCUAAUGUGAAGCUUUUGAAAUUAUCAUCCAUUACCUAUAGCAAAGGGUUUGUUUCCUUUUCAACAUGGUAUUGUUUUUGGAUGCUGUUAAAUUCUGUUGAUUUUAAAUGUUACAUUUCGAUCAGUUACUUAUUUAAAGUGCCAGUGUUAUUGAAGUUUAUUAAUCUUGUAAUAUCAAAUGUUAUUCUACGAAGCCAGUUUUUGAUCAUUAGUUUAACUUUGAUGAGUCAAAGGUAAAUGUUUACAUACUGUUGUGAAAUAAUUAGAUCGGUGGUAUGAUUUUAAUUUACCAUGAGUCAUUGAAUUUAGUUUUGAAUGUUUUUAUUUUAUAAUUCUAAAACUUGUUCGUUUGAUAACAUAAAAAUGGCUCAUAGUUUUUGUGACUGAAAAGUUUGAUGAAAGAUGGCUGAGAGGAGAUAUCUUUAAUAUGGUAUUAUGUACCAGAUACAUAGUGUUGUUUGGCCAAUGUCUUCCCAGCUGCUUGGCUUAUCAUUACUAUAAAGUGUACAGUAUGUAAAUAUUUUACCAUUUGAAAACACAGAUAAUAUUAAAACACAACCACUUUGCCAAAAGUUGCUUGUCACAGCACCACAGUACUGAAUUGCCUCUGCUAGCUUCACCAUUGACGUCUAUUUCAACCGACAUAGCAAUAAGCAUUUCCUUCCUGCUUCCUGCUGAGUCCAAGCACUUACAUUGCUUGUAGUCAGGUGUAAAGUAUGUGCAUGCUUUGAUAAGUAUCCCCAUCACUGUGACAUAUCUGACAUGGUCGGCACUGGUGUAUGAUUCAGUGAUGCCAGUCUCACCGUAAGUAAGGGGAGACAAUCCAUACCAUGUCAAAUGUUACACAGUAUAUGGCACAUAGGCUUUUGCUUCCUGCUUUGAGAUUAUACCUAGUCAUCCAGGAUGCCAAGAUAACGUCGCCAUUGAAUGGUGACGUUACUGUAUGGUUUUCAUGGGGCUUCCGGUUCCGCCAUGAAUGUUCGUAUGUUUAUGUAGGAGUGAAGAAUGUCUCAAACUUCAUGUUUUAACAUGCAAUGUUGCUUUAAGUUGCUACAUAUCACCACGUUUGUUUAAACACAUGUACCUGUAGUACCUCCUUGAACACUACUGAUAAUAUGUGUAGGAUCGACCAACUUCAGGGCUCAGAGUCAGUCAAAGAUUACAUAGGAAUCAUGAUGUUACAUCGAUGCAUUUAUUUUCAGUGAUUCUUACUGAGGAUCAUAUUUUUGGCUUCAUGCUGAUGGGCUAGUUGACACCAAUUGUUUUUAUUGUUUGUGAUAGCAGCCAUAACGACAUGUCGACAUGUAAACACACUGUUGCAUAUAAUUGAAGAUGUUUCCUAGAGGUUUUUAUAUGCUGUUAUUGCAACAAGAGCUGGUCCCACUUGCACAAAGUGAUCUUAGCGCUACGACUAUCGUAAGCCUAUGUUAAAGUAUGGGAGUUACGAUCAUCUUAGCGCUAAGAUCGUUUUGUGCAAGUGGGCCCUGAUGUCUCCAUUUCCUUGCAACUCGUGAAACAAUGGUGAAAGUGCCCCAGAACUCAAGACUUACAAAAUGAAUUCACUUAGGACAGAUAAUUCAUAAUUCCUAGUUGUUCUCAACUGUAAAUAUGAAGUUCUUUUCUGAAAUGACCAGGUCACCAGGAUUUCUAAGUUCACCAAGUGCUUUUCAAACUCAAAAGCCAGUGUAGAGUAAACUUGCCUGUAUCUAACUAUCUAGUUUUUGGCUUCCAUAAUGGCAUAUUGAGGCCAGAAAAAAUACAACUUUUGUUAAAUUUAUCAUGCUUAUUCAGGGUUGGGAUGGGUAAUUUGGGUACUGAGUAGGACCUGGGUACCUACAGGAAUACCCGGACCCAUGGUUACACUGCAAGUCACCAAUGUUCACAUCUCUUUCUGACUACGCACGCAUUAGUUCUGACUUUUAUAUGUUUGAAAAAAGAUAAAGCUUCAGUCAACUUUAGUGUAUGCAUGACCAGAUAAUUUAAUAGUGUACUUAAAUACUUUUUGCCCGGGAUCUGGUCAAACCUUUCCCAAUUGGACAUUUUGUACCCAUCUCUUGAGACCUACAGCGGGUACCCGGUUGGUGUCGGGUAGUAGGGGGCUGGGUACCGCACUACCCGGGUAGUGAAUUCUGACUCGUCCCAGCCUUAUUAUCAGUCAUAAAACUAAUAGGCAGGACUUCAAUUCCCAAAACCAAAUAUUUUGAUAAUCCUAAUAAGAAUUUUGUUCACCAUGUUCAUCAGGCAUGUUUUAAAUAACCAUCUGAUCUGAAGCAUUUUUUGGCUUUUCAGUACAUGGGUUAUGAUUAUCAAUAUAUCAUCCCUGUGAAUUGAGAUUAUAGUGACAUUAAGCCAUGUUGUGAGUGAACACCAAAGACAUCAAGCUCUGCAAUAUCCUCCGAAGGGUUUUGAUUAUAUUUGAUACUUACAGAAGGGAGAAACAUAAGAAUCUGAUAUCUUGAUUUUUUUUUUUGCUUUAUGAGUCUGUUGCAUCUACCAUAAUCUUUUUAGAAAAUAACAUCAUCAAAACAAUGAGUUCCCAUCAUUCCCGUGACCUAGUCAUAAGCACCCUGGAGGCCCAGCAAUACUUUCGUUUUUAUAGAAAUUUUGUAUAGAAAUUAUGAUUGCGAUUGUAUCAAACAAUCUGUUUUAGAAGUGUGUGAAUUUGUUUUUGAUGGUUAUGAUGGACAUGAUAUCAUUCAACUGAAAUGAAUAAUCACAUUGACAAUACACAUCAGGUCCACACUGUAACACUGUAGUAGAGACAGUCUACUUGUUGUAGACUCUGCCAUUACGGGAAAUCUUCAUGUGCUUAUAACAACCUCCUCUUGUCUGAGUAAGGACAUUUAAGAAUGUUGCAUUUGAAUUCUCUCUUUAUUAUCUCAUAACUUGAAAAUGUUAUUAUCUGAAUUUGACUGCAGUAGUGUUUGAAUCUUUUUGGGGGGGGGGAUGUGGUGGAUGGAGGGGGCACCUAUAUAAUGAAGUUUUUAUAUCAGGGUUGUGAUAAGGAAGAACCCUUUGACUCUCAUGCUUAAGUCUGAACACAAUAUAGAUUAUGCGCAUGUACUGAUUGAUUAAUUUUUUAACAACCCUUCUGUCAAGACCAAUUUCAUAUAAAUCCGAUAUGAUGUCUAUCUGCAUAAAGAACUGAGGACACCAGCAUAAGAGGUCGUGUCAGGUGAAGCCUGAGCUAACUUGUCUACCUGAGCAAAAUGAAGGAUGCAUGGGUUCUUGUGCCAAUAAGAUAUCGGCUUUCUUACCCCUUUGAUUUGGAAAUUUGGAUCUCUGCAAAAGAAGAGUGUCACAAAAACACAAAUAUAACAUUGAAAAUAAUCUUUCGGGUGUUGACACCAUGACAAUCACAAAUGACAAGAUGUGUUAAAUAUUAAAUCAUUUUCAAGAUGCAGAAAUCGGAGAUACUUGUCUGAAUAGAAAUUCACCAGAUACAAGCUGGUGUUCUCAGAUUUUCACAGAGAAAGGUAUCAUCAGAGUAAAGAUCUGAUUUAAAUGAGAAUGGAAGAUCAUAGGCCACAUAUCAGAAAUUAAUUUCCCAAGGGAUCAAUAUUAUUUAUGGUAAGCAACAUUGAGGUACCCUACCUUAUAGGAAUAAUACUCAUGCAAAUACUCCGAGAUUUCAUAGAUAUCCUUUUAAAUAAUUGUAUGAAGAACAAGAUAACUGUUUAUAAGAUAUAUUCUUUGUCACAUCCUUGAUUGUCCAGUGUAUAGUUUCUCCAUUCUAUAUUGAUAAAUGUCCUGGACUCAUUCUCCACCAUAGCUUUGUUUCGGAAGUGACGUCACCAUCUCCAUUGCUCCCAUCUCUAACUAAGCAAAGAAUUUCUUUCAUGCAAGAGAGUAAUUUGAUUGGAUAACUACUCGAAUUGGGCUGAAAGCGAAGUCAAGGUACCGAAUGGGUCAGGGUAUGUAGGAUAAAAAACUGGACGUAUAAUGCCCUGGAUAAUCGAGGAUGUCUUUCUCAUUGCUCAAAACUUCUAAAGAAUAACCUUCUUAUUCUAACAUUUAUGAGAAAAGUGAAACAAUAUUUGUGACAUUGUCAUUUCUAUGUUUUAUCCACGUAAUUUAAAUAUUGCCAGUCUUUGUUUGUGAUUUUACUACCAACCUGUUAUUGGUUUUAGUGCAAGCCUCAUCAUCCUCAUGGAUAUUUUAGUCUCUAUGAGAAAUUGUGAUUUUUAUCAAUGUGAUGUGUAUAAAUUCAUUUUUAGCCUGUUUAUUUGUUGAUGGCUGCUUCAAGUAUUUAAUCACUUUAGCUAACAACUGUGUCUUUUGAUUGAUAUUUCUUUUAAUUGUCUGUUAUAUCUAUUCUGUUGAUUGUUUCACACAGUAGAAGCCUAUGUAUGGGGGAGACAUGUUAUUGUCAACACAGUGGUAGCAACUGUACAUGGUUUAGUCAAUAUUCCAAAAUUUCAUGUAUAAAAGAAUGUUGUUGUUUUUUGUGUACAUACACACUAUAUUUGUGAUGUUCUACACGUACUGAGUAUCAGUUCAAUGCAGGAACACAAAUACAAAUACCUGGAGAUGAGUUUCCACCAUCGUCAACUUCAAACUGAACCUCAAAUAAAUAUAUAUAUAUAUAUAUAUAUAUACAUAUAUAUAUAUUUAUAAGGCAAGGCUUUUUUUCUUGAUUCUUUUACGGAUUCAGCUGAUGCUAAAUAUAAUAAAAGUAAAGCAAUAAUAAUCAAAUCAUUAAUUAAUGUGAACUUCGGUGUUAUCCACAGAAAAAAUGGUGCCUACAAUAUCUUAAACUGCAAGACAAAAGGUUACAAUACAGCAACAAUGGGACAAGCUUAACUAUCACUGCAAAUAUAGCAACUUAUUCAGAACAAAAAAAUAAUCUGAAGUAUCCUUUCAAAAGUGUUUUCCUUUACUGUGUCCAGAAUCUUGAUCAAUUAUCAUUUAAAAGAUUAAAAGUUGCGAAAAUAUGUUUUUCGAUUUUUGUAUGGAUAUCCUUUUAUCCAUUAAAGAUGGAGUUGGCGAGCAAAUCGAAACAGACUUGCAUUAUUUCUGUUUUUAAAUGUGACUUUUGUCUCCGCUCAGCAGAAUCCGUAAACCGAAAGACCAGGAGUUUGGCCUUAGCGCUAUGGUUAGGUUCAUGAAGUAUUCAUGAAGUAUUCUUUUCAAAGUGUAUGGGUAUUGGAGGUCAUAGUGCAGGUACUGUUUGGUGUACCGGUAAUAGGACGCUGGUCCUUGUGGAUGACUAAAACAUUUGAAGGCAUAAUUUGUGUCUUGCACAAAGAUCAGCAGCAUGGCUCAGCGACCCUACAACCUGUACAGUGUUGAAUGUGUGUUUUUGAAUUGUUUUAGUUUCUUCUUUCUAUAACAGUCUGGUAUCAUCAUAAUUAGCCUCUCAUGUCAGCCAUGAAAUGGAAGAGGUUCCAGACCCAGAGACUAGUGUGUAGGAAGAUGCAUUGAUAGCCAUUUGAUUCAGUGGUAAUACAAUCAGACUGGAAGAUUCUAACUAUGCAAUAAGAAACUCUUGCCUUGAAGAGUUGCACCAUUAGUUAUUAAAGGACAAUCUUUGUAUCAAAUCACAAUGUCAAGCAUCAUCACCUUCAAAGAAAAAUGGUUUGAUUGAUGUCAGUUCAGACUCCAUGAGGAUUCCGGGUUAGAAUGGGUCCCCAGCAACCAAUGCUGGCCAUAAAAGGCAAGUUCAUAGAUCGGGUGGUCAGGCUCAGUGACUUGAUUGAUAAUGUGUCAUCAUGCCCCGAAGGUGUGGGUCAUUGCUUAUAAUAUCAAUCACUGGUUUGUCUGGUCCAUUUUUCAUUUUUUUAUGGGCUGCUGCCAUUGCUGGAAUAUUGCUGAAUAUGGCAUUAACAAGAAACGAACCGAUCAGAGCAAUGGCAUCAGCAUGACCUGGUUUGAUGACUGUUUUUACUGUAUGUAAGCAUGUUGCACAUGGAGAAGUACAAUACACGAAGGAUGUUAAUGACUUUAAUAGGACAAUAAGGCAAUAAUCACAUAUAUCUGUGUCUUGAAAUGCAUACAUUUGGUUGCAAGAAGAAACACUUGUGGUCUGCAUCUGGAACUGCCUGUUGUGUCAUGUAUCUGUGUAGAUGCUCUUUCCUCAGAUUUGUGACUUAUUAGGUUUUGAGUUAAAUUAAACCUUUAAAGAUGCGUACUUUGCUGAAUGGCUGCAUCAUAUUUGAAGGUGCACAGAAAUAUAUCUAUGUCAUCCAAUUGGUACUUGAACAAAUGUCGAACAGUUUUGUUACAAAUACAAUAAACUUCCUAGCAACUUUCACAGCAGUGUUCAUGAUUUACCAAAUGAAACUGUCAGUUGUAGCAUAAUAAUUUGAUUAACAUUUCUACAUGUAUUACAGGAUGUUACGGAUCAGCAUUGCUAGUGAUUAGUCCGUAUUGUUUCAUGUUAAAUAAGCAAUCAGCUCUAUCAGAUGUGUAAAACAAACAUUAGUAUAUAGUACUCAAAACAAGUUAAAAACAGCCUGUUGUAUUCAUAUGACUAUAGUUAAUCUAUCAUGGCCAUCACACAUUAACUAUAGUCAUAUGACAAAACUGGGUGUUCUUUACCUUCUUUUGAGUAGCAUUUUAUUUAGUUUAAGUGAAUGUUGAUAUUGCUAAUUGUGAUCAGGGACCAGACAGCAAUCAUGAAGGCGAUAAUGUAGCUGCUGAAUAUAUAAUACUCAAAAGAAGUUAAGGAUCACCCGAUUCUUUCAUAUUGGUAAUGUUAAUCUGUCAUGGCAUGAGAGAUUAACUAUUGUAAUAUGAAAGAAUCAGGUGAUCCUUAACUUCUUUUGAGUAGUAUAUCUAUCAGUGUAUUCAUAAAUAGAGUGAGUGUUUGCUGUCUUUUGGUCAGAUCAGGGGAGAUCACCCAUCUUGCCCAACUUGGUCUCUUUUGGCGAAGACCAAGUCCUUAUAAGAACAUUUGUAGUCAGUGCAGGUAUCAUCUCUUUGUUGGUUAGUUGAUGUAAGUUGAUAGACUAAUGGUUCUGUUAUCUUCAUAGUCCAAGUUAGCAUUAUCAAUGUAAGUAACAAAUCUCAGUGAAAGCAUAUCAUUAACAGUAUAAGUAUAAUUUUGUGAAUGAGUUGCCAUUUGCCAUUUGAUCCAUAAAUUCAAAUUCUGUUACUGUAUUUAUAUAAGGAUUCAUCAUAUCUUUGUGACAUGGGGGCUCUGCUUCACAAUGGUAUAUUUACAUGAAGAAGUAUGUUUUAAUAUGAAAGAAAUCUGAUAGGAUUAAAUUUAUUUCCUAGUUUCAAAAACACAUCUCUGGUACAAAAGUGUCCAUGUUUUUGGCAGAUUUCACGGACUGCUGGAAAGUUCGCAUCAUUCAGCUUAUGAGUAUCAAUGGUCUGACAUUUGGUUGGAUGGUUUGCCCACUGCUCUGUCAAUAUUACUUGUGAUAUGCUCUCUGAAAACUUGUGAAUAAAAGGUGAAAUACAAGUGUUAUCUAUCCUAGAAUAACCCUGUUCAUUGAUGUAACCAACACCAGUGAUGGGGACAGGUACUUUCUUACAGGAUGGGAUCUAGAUUCUGUACCCAGAGUAUUCUGGUACCCUCCCAAUGUGAUCCAGCUGUCCAAAUAUGUACUGGUGUCAGAGAAAUAGAGAAAGAUCCAUUUUACUGCAACCUUCUAUUUUAUUGUCAGUUUACUUGUGACACAAAAUAAACAAAAGAUGCAUUUUACUGCAGCCUUUUUAUUUCAAAAAGGUAUAUCUCAUCUGAAAGAUGUUUUAGCUAUCAAUAUGGGAUGUGUCCAUGUUUAUUGAUGGUUGACACCAUACCCGUGCUCGUGGGUUUCACCAAAGUGGUAAACGUCUGAGACCUGCAUCACUUCGGGCUUUCCUCCCACAUUAAGCUGACGCGCCAUGAUAUAACUGGAAAACUGUUAAAAGCGGCGUUAAACCCAACUCACUCGCUCACUAUUGAUGGUUGCUUGACUUGUUAUUACAUGGUUGUCUACAAAUGGUGAAUAGCCAUCCUUUGGAUUAACAUUAUUUGUACCUGCCAAGGUGAUGCUGUUGGUGCUCAAUUGUAUCACAGCUAAUUUGCUUCAUUCCUAACAACAAGGUCUAAGGAAAAGUAGACACAAAUAUCCGUCAACUUCUAAGUAAUGCCUAUGAAACAGUUCAAGGUCUACCCUGCCAGCAUCCACUAUAAGUCUGAAUCCCAAAUAUGCUGUGAUUAUACUCCUUGUGUUGUCUGCACCAUACCUGUGCAACAUGAUAUCACAUGAGUUGUAAAUGUUUGCAACAUGUGACACUUUGUGGUUUCCUCCCUCAAUAAGCUCACAUGCUGUGAUGUACCCCAGGUAACAGAAUUACUUUCUUUUCAAGCAGCUUUAAAACCAAUACACUCACUCAUUACCAGGGAAAUGGCUCUGUUCUAUUUUUUACCCUUUGUCAUGCCAGAAUCUCAAGGUCACUGGUUUGCAUCUAAGAUUUGUCCUACUUAUCUGUUCUUGUUUAGUGAGCAUCUUGCCUGUGCUGGGUGGUAAGAUUCACGUCCAUGACCUACAUCACUUCAGGCUUUCCUGCCACAUUAAUCUGACAGGCUGUGAUAUAACAAAUGUUUUUUUCAAACCAGCAUUACACCCAACUACUCCUAGAUGUCAUUCAUAGGAUAGUUAAUAUUUUGGUUGAAUUUUACCUAUUGCGUGAUCAAUUCCAUGCCUUUCAUAGACAAUGAGUGUCUUAUGGCUGUAGUUUCUUUACACAAUGAAGGCAUUUGAAUGCAAAUAGAUGUUACACAGGUCAGUCUUUCUUCCACAGAGUAGGGGCGGUCGGGUAGCCUAGUGGUUAAAGCGUUCGCUUGUCACGCUGAAGACCCGGGUUCGAUUCCCGACAUGGGUACAAUGUGUGAAGCCCAUUUCUGGUGUCCCCCGCCGUGAUAUUGCUGGAAUAUUGCUAAAUGCGGCGUAAAACCAUACUCCCUCACUCACUCACACUUCCACAGAGUCGGUGAAGAAUUCACAUGUAGCUUUUGGGCUGCUAUGUCAAUGACACUCUACAAGAACAUCUCUUCUUUUUGGAUGAACCUCAGAUUCCUCCAUCCACCAACCCUAUCAUAAAUUACCAUCUCCAAACCACAAUGUCAUUCUCGACACCUUGUUACAUAGUAAUGUAUUUACUUGGUAGUCUCGUUACCUGCAUGUUCUGUUGUGUAGGUUUACAAGGCUCCACUUGUGCUGUCUUUGGUAGGUAAGCUUAUGCAUUGUAUAUACUGUUUGUAAAAGAAAUGACUAUUAAUCCAUGACAUCUUUCAAUUCAGCAAUCUGUACAAAAGAUAUUGGCAGAUGUGACGUGUAUAUUUAACAUUUUGUAGAUAUUCAUGUAUUUUUACUAGAGUUGCAUCUGGCAACUUGUCAUAUUCAAAUUACCAUUUUAUUUUACAGAUAGAGGAAUAAACAUAUUUUUGUAUAAGUUGAACUUUACAGAUUCUAAACUUUAAACUGAAUAUGUUUGGUUAAUUGGUUUCCUGACGAAUCCAAUAAUAUUCAUGAAUAAGUAUGUUUACAUACAGUUUCUUUCACUUUCUCAAGUUCUUCAUCACCAUAAUUUGUUUGGUUUUUGUCUUGGUGUUUUUUCAUCAGAUAUGUAUUUUUUUUUUCUGGAGAUAUAAUUAGUUCUAAUUCAGGGGUCAUUAUGUAACCUCAAAUGUAAUUUAAAUUUGUCUUGAUCAUAUAGAUGUUAAUUUAUUCAUAUAGUUUGCUAAAUCUGCAUAUUCACAUAAAGGUAUCUGGAAGAAAUGUGUAAAAUUAUGAUUUUGCAUUGGCUUGUGUUAUUAAAGUCCACUUAUGUUGGAUUUAUUUUGUGAAGAUCUAUGAGUAGCAUAUUAUAUUUUGUUUCUUUUAUUUUGUUGUUGAAAUUUUACCAACAAUUUACAUCACUUUUGUACAUGGAAUUUAUCAAAGAUUUUUGUAUUGUUCACCUUUUUUUAUCAAGUCAUCUAAAAGCAUAUCGUUUCUUAUUUACUGUUCACGGUCAGAUUGAUGAUAGAAACCCCAUUAGCAAUUACAGUCUUUUUCAGUUCUGCAGCAUGGACAAUUCCUAGCAUUUGAAAAGUACAAACACAUUGUUUAUGACAGUUAGCAUGUCAGUUCACACAGUAAAUAUGUAAAUGAUGUAUAAUGUGUUUAUUAGUGGUACUACCCAAGUAUGACUGCAUUUGAUUAACACAUACAAGAAUGUUGUUUUCCUCAAGUAUUGUAUGGGCCAUGUGAUUCCAUCAGAAUGUCAUGUGUAGAUACUGCAUGUGUUGACAGUACAUCUGUAUAUUAUCUUCAUACUACAUAUGUGACAUAUGUACCAUGUUGCUCAGUAAAACAUGUAAGUUUUAUUCAGAACUCUGCUGACUAGAUGACAAUGUAUGAUGGUUUACCUUCCAUUUGUGUGUACAAUACUUAUCCUUGUCAUAUGAGAAGUGCAAAAUAAAUGAGAUUACUUCAA